AUGGCUCCCACCUCAAUUUUGUUUCCGACGCUCAACAGCUGGUCUGGGAUCGGACUCCUGGCGUUGGGGGGCACUCUCAUUCUCUUCCUAAUCAGCCGAACAUUCUACAAGAUCCCGUACCCCAAAGGCGUCGCACUCGUUGGUGAGCCAGAAGGAGCUACGAGAUUUAGCUUUCGCACCGUAUGGUGGUAUUACACUGACUGCCCAGGUCUGUUUCGGGAAGCUUACGAUAAUUUUUUGAAAAAAGGAAAACCUGUUGUGCUCCCCGGCAUUGGUUUCCGCCACGAAGUGGUCCUGCCAUCAAGCUCAUUGCGAUGGAUUCAGACACAAUCAGAAGCCAAGCUGAGCCCUACUGAAGCAUUCGCAGAGGUUGAUCAAGUGCACUACGCACUCGGAGAUUCCGUAUAUGUUACAGAUGCUUGGCAAGGACACCUGGUCAAGACGGAGCUUAACAUCGUACUAGAGAAUAUCUGCGCUGCCAUGAACAAUGAGUUGGGUGUCGCCUUCGACAAGUGGUUUGGUACGGAUACAGAAUGGAAAGAGAUCAAUCUCUACUCGGCCAUAAGAAUGGUUGUGGGCCAGGCCGCAGGCCGUUUCACUAUCGGCUUGCCCAUAUGCCGAGAUGAAGAUUAUCUCAACUUGAACUACGAAAUCAUCGACCGUCUCAUAACAAACGCAGGCGCUGUUGGUGGUAGCCCCAGAAUGCUGCGUCCUGUUAUGGGAUAUCUGAUCAACCUGGGGGUGGACCAAAAGGUCAAUAGGCUAAAGAAGAUGUUUCAGCCCAUUUGGGACGAACGUGUCAAAAGCCUACAGUACGCACCAGACGAUCCGGAACACCCGCACAAGCAAGACCACUUGCAAAUGAUGGCGCGAUAUGCCCAAAAGAAUCGCCCUCAAGAGUUCAACAAUAUCGACAUGAUGACUAGGCGCCUAAUAGCUGCCAACUUCGGCUCAAUGCAUCAAACCAGCAUCCAAGCCACAAACAUGCUGCUAAACAUCAUCGGUUCAAAUGAGGAGUUUAACACGGUUUCCAUCUUGCGGGACGAGAUCAGCCGUGUUCUUUAUGAAGAUGGGACCGACAGCUGGACGAAAUCCAAAGUCAGCAAAAUGACCAAAGCAGACAGUGUCGCCCGUGAGACGCUUCGUCUCAACUCGUUUGGUUCACGUGCUGUCAUGCGUAAGGUCAUGGUCGAUGGUUUCAAGGGUCCAGAUGGUCAUCAUUUACCUAAAGGCACGCUCACCUCCUUCCUGGGGUUUCCUGCCGCUACGGAUGUUGAACUUUUCGAUGAUCCGCUGAAGUAUGAUCCAUUCCGGUUCUCCCGAAUUCGCGAAGAGGCUGCUGCCAAGGAUGAAAAGACAGCGCCCGUCACCUUCGUCACAACCGGGCCUGAGUACCUGCCAUUUGGCCACGGGAAGCACGCAUGCCCCGGUCGAUUCUUAAUCGACUUUGAGUUGAAGAUGAUCAUUUCCUACGUGUUGGGCCACUACGAUGUUGAGUUUCCUCCGGAGUACAACGGCAAGCGGCCGCCCAACUAUUGGCUAACUGAGGCUAUGUUUCCGCCCGAAUCCGCCAAGAUUAGAAUCAGGAGGAAGACCGAGGAUUAG